AGGCUGAUUGGCAAGCUUGAUUACAUGCACACACAUGUGCACACACACGCAUUAUACUUUUGUGCUUGCUGCACACACAUUCAUUCAGAAGCCCAUAUGUUGAUUGGCUUGUUAUUGUUGCCUUUACAACACCUGCUAUCUCCUCUCCAUUUGCUUGUCUGUCUAUAUUCAGUUGUAAAGUCUGACUCCCUCAGCUCCACAGACACAUUUCCCAUUAGGACUGACCUGGAGAGCUUGCAAUCAGAGAAGGUGUGUAACCAAACCCCCGGCACAGGCAGAAAGAGCCGAAGAGCAGAGCUCCGAAUAAAGCACAGAGGCAGAGAAAGGCAGGAUUAUACACAUGGCAGGUUAGAGAAAGGCAGCAAGAAAGAGGGAGAGGAUGGGAGGAAAAAGCGACAGAGAGAGGCUUAAGAUUGCAGAGGCAAGCACCUUUUGUUACUGAGUUCAGUUUGCGAUGGAGGGCUUAUGUUUAGGCAAAGACUGAAGGAGUCCUUUAAUGCUCUACCAUAAAAUUUGCAGGACCGUUGAGGAUGUUCUUCUUCACUGAUCAAAUCUUCAUCUAACAGACCAGGAACCUGGGUUUCAAAAAAGAAGAGGAAGGUCAGAGUCUGAGUGGAACUAAAAGAAGAGGCAAAAAAGCCAAGGAAGUUUUGUGUGGGGUAACCAAAUGAUUUACCCUUCAAGGUGAAUAAAAAGUGAAGCAAGAAAUGGAGUGAGGCUGGACAAGAGAACGCUGUUCAACAGGAGAGAGAGCGAGAGAGAGAAUAAGCUGCAGAAGUGGAGAUAAGCAGUCUACGCACAAAAUUAGUCUACAGAGAAAGAAAGGCUGACGCCAAAUUCCGGACUGAAGAGAGAUCAAGGCUGACUCAAGUCUUUGCUGCCUCUAACCUGAUUAAGGAGAAGAGAGGUACUGGUGGAAGGGGGUGCUAGGAGACCUGAUCAACAGAACGUGAGAGCUUGCAAGAGAAGAAGAAGAAGAAAAAAAAGGGACAGAAGGGAAAAGAAGGGAGAGAGUGGGAGAGAAUUACAAGAGGACGCCUGGUGAAAGAAGCCUCUUAAAUCUGGGAGCUGGAAUAAGAGCCACAGAAACUGCAAAGAGGAAGCCACAAAACCACAGUGAAGAUGCCUGCUAAUGGGAACCGUCCCUUGAAGUUACAAUUUGGUUUAAUCAACCAUGAGGGUCGCUACCUCACUGCUGAGGCCUUUGGCUUCAAGGUGAAUGCAUCAGCUCCAAGCCUCAAGAAGAAGCAGAUUUGGACUCUAGAGCAGGACUCCCAGGACACUCAGGUUGUCUACUUGCGUAGCCACCUUGGCCGUUACCUUGCCUCUGACAAGGAUGGAAAGGUGACCUGUGAGGCUGACGGACAUAACUCAGACUGCCGUUUUCUCAUUGUGGCUCAGUCCGAUGGCCGCUGGGCCCUGCAGUCUGAGCAGUACCUCCGCUUCUUUGGAGGUUCUCGUGAUUACCUGUCCUGCUUUGCACAGAUAAUUACUGAUACUGAGCUGUGGGCAAUGCAUCUGGCUUUACACCCACACGCCAACUUGCUAUCUGUGGCCCGUAAGCGUUAUGCCCACCUCUCUUUGGAGGAUGGGGAGAUUGCUGUGGAUCUGAACAUUCCCUGGGGCGUGGCAGCACUUCUGACUCUAGUCUACCUGGAUGGGAAGUACUGCCUAAAGACGUGUGACAGCCGCUUCCUCAGCAAUGAUGGGAAGCUCUUGGUGCAGAGUGGAAGAGCUACAGCAUACACAUUAGAGCUAAAGUGUGGGAAAAUUGCCUUUAAAGACUGUGAGGGGAAGUACUUGUCUCCUAUGGGGCCGACAGGUACCUUAAGGUCUGGACGCUGCUCAAAACCAGGCAAAGAAGAACUGUUUGACCUAGAGGAGAGCCACCCACAGGUGGUUCUGACAGCAGCCAAUGGGCGAUAUGUCUCCAUAAGACAAGGAGUAAGCCUCGCAGCCAAUCAAGAAGAUGAGACAGACAUGGAGACGUUUCAGAUGGAGAUUGACAAGGAAACCAAAAAGUGCACAUUCCGCACCAGCCAAGGGAACUACUGGGCUCUGGUGGCCCAUGGAGGGAUCCAGAGCACCGCCACUGAAGUGUCAGCAAACACCCUGUUUUCAGUGGAGUGGCUUGGCCAGAAGGUGGCAGUGAAAGCCAGCAAUGGAAAAUACAUCUGCACCAAGAAGAAUGGCCAGCUCCUCGCAGUCAGUGACUCCGUGGGUGAGGAUGAGCAGCUCAGUCUGAAGCUGAUCAACAGACCCAUGCUGAUCCUGAGAGGAGAAAAUGGAUUCAUCUGCCACCACAAGAACUCCAACACCCUGGAUGCCAGCAGAUCUGUCUAUGACAUUUUCACCCUGCAACAUAGUAAUGGAGCCUAUCAAAUUAAAGGUGUGGAUGGAAGGUUCUGGUAUGUGAACAGUGCUGGCCUGGUGUGCUCAGACGGUGAAGUCCCUGAGGAUUUCACCAUUGAGCUCCUGGAGCACCGCCGCCUCGCUAUUCGUGGUAAGAAUGGCAAAUACCUGCGUGGAGACCAAGGAGGGACGCUGAAGGGAGACGGACUCAGCCUGAACAACUCGGCCCUGUGGGAGUAUUAAUAAAGCCAGAACAGUCAGGCCUGACUCUGACUCCUCUCAAAGUCAACACCGACCACCAACAGAGGAUCAGAAUCAGUGCUGUUUUUUUUUAACUCUAAAGCUUUGUGGGUGGUUCGACAGCAACAAGGUGCAGCUUCAGUUGACUUUCCUGUUGCAUCUGAGGACUCCAACAGAACAGACUCCAGCACAUGAAGAACUAACCAUCAGCCAAGAAAAGUCUUAAUGAAGUUUUAAAAAGUUGAGUCAGUAUUUCUAUCUCAGCAAAAUAGGUGUGAAUGUACCUUAGAGUUUUUGUGUUGUUCCAUUUUGUUCAUUAGCAGAAACAUUACUAGAUUUCCCUGUGUAAUAUGUCACUGCAUCAUUAUGAUCUCCAGCUCUCCUCUUUAUCCUCACUUGUAUCUUCCUACCCUCCUCAAAGCUAUUACAUGAGUGAGGCAAUGACAAAAGUGUCACUGCUCCAGUCAGAAGUACAGUGAAUUAGGGUGCCAUUUGAGAACGACAUAGUUAACAUUACAAGUGAGGUCACCACUCUCAGAGCAGUCAUUAGCAUGGUGCUGCUGUCCCAAAAUGCUUUUUGGCAGCUGAGGUGAUUGAGUUUCAAGUCAUCGCCUGUAGACACGGUACAAAACUGUAAGCGAGACCCAUGUGCGGUAGUAGCAGUACUGAUGUGAUCCGACCUGCAGCUAGAAAUAAGUGAAUUUUUAUUUGAUCCUGACAUUUCUUAUUUCUUUUGUGAACCCAGAAAUAAAAAAUAAAAGAGUAAUGGCUCACUA